AUGAAUACAGAGGAGAAACCAUAUAGCUGUGAACUUUACAACAAGGCCUUUUCACAGAAGCAUAAUUUGAGUAAAAUUGCAACAGAGAAGCCAUACAAAUGUGAGAUUGAAACCAAGAACUUUUCGCAUAUAGCUAAUCUAGCGCUUCAUAGGAGAUUACACACAGAGGAGAAGCCAUACAGCUUAAUCCACAUGAGAGUACAACACAAAAAAGAAGCCACACAGUUGCAAGCAUUUGCAAUAAAGCCUUCUCAUGAAGAAGUAGUCAAAAUAAACCACAUGAGAGUUCAUACACAGGAGGGAAACCCUAUAACUGUGACAUUUGCAAUAAGGCAUUCUAUGUGA